GUUUUAUAAAACCAAUCGAUUUUCAACACUCCUUGAGAAAGAUUAGAAUAAGCAGACAAACAAUCUAAGCAGGCCGUGAGCUUCUGUCCUGUCACUUCAAGGCUGUCAAUUGCCAAUCGUGUCCGAAUACAGAAAGAAACAAACACAGCCGUUUCCUCAGCCGGCAUGUGCACUCGCGACUGUUACCGUGUGUUUGGUUACUUUCUCGGCUUUCUGUGGAUGGUCAGUGCCGUGUACUAUACGACCGAAACGGUCGAACUGCUGAAGCUGAUGCGGUUACGGUGCGAUAAGGUGUCCGGGUCGUUACGCGCUCCGGACGACGGCGGUGACGACGCCGUGCCGGACGCCGGUCCGGCUCGGUUACAGUUUAGCACGGAAAUGAUUGCCCGCGUGUGUGAGUUCUAUACCCAUCUGGAUGUGUUUUUACCGUACCACAUCAUCACGACCAUCAUCAAAAUGACGCCCGGUGUACUGCUGGUGGUUGGAAUAUUUAAGAACAACAUCACGCUGGUGCAGGUGUUUGCGGUGUACGGUCUGCUCGAGGAGUGUUUCUUUGUGAUUGUGUUUUCGAAAAUAUUUGCCGUCAUACAAGCGAUCAACACGUCCGUCUGGAUCUAUUGGAUUAUUGUUAUAUUUUGCUUGAAGCUGUUUUUCGCCAUCUGGAUACUGUUGGGUGUGUAUGCGGCGGUACAGCCCCGCACCAGGGCAUCGCGUCCUCCGCGCGUUUAACGCACAACCACCAAAUAACAACGCAG